AUGCGGCGGUGCCGGGGCGCAGGGCUGGCGGGGCUGGCCGCAGUGCUCCUGGUGGCAGUGGGCAGAGCCCAGGUGCAGCAGGAGCCGUCGGCAGAGACCACCGAGGGCACCGGCAUCGGCAUCAGCUGCUCACACCCCAACAUACAGACCGGAGACUUCAUCCACUGGUACCGUCAGCUCCCGGGCCGAGGCCCUGCAUUCCUCGUGAGCGGCACUAAAGGGUCCAAAGAGCUGCAGGACCCUGCGGGGCGGCUGUCGGUGGCUGCUGACCGCCAGUCCAACGCCCUGUGGCUCGCCUGGCCCCGGCACGGGGAUGCAGCGGUGUAUUACUGCACCUUGGUCACUCCUUUGGGGCUUUUUGUGGCCCUGUUGGCAAGAAGUGGCUCAGCGCCUGGGUUUGACCCUGUGCCGCCUAAUCAUGAUCCCAGGAAAAUUCUGGCCCAUCACAUACCUGAGCAUCCCAGUAGACUCUCUGGGAAUGAAGCAGCACGCACAGUAGAAGAAAGAAUUAAGGAGCUCUUACUACCAGUUGGACAUACAUACCAGGGAAAAAACUCUUUCCGUGAAGGUGGUCAAGCACUGGAGUACUUUGUACGGAGAGGUUAUGGGUUCUCUGUCAUUGGAAGUGUUCAGAACUUGCCUGGACUCGGCCUUGAGUAA